ACGUUAGGGCUUAGUUCCAAACACUACAGAUUUUAGCAAAUACCCGUGUAUGUCACGAAAUCAGAAAAUUGGUUGAUCAGCAGCGAAAGAUGUCGAUCUUCGAGUACAAUGGGAGUGCCCUAGUGGCCAUGGUGGGGAAGAACUGCUUCGCCAUUGCCAGCGAUCGGAGACUCGGGGUUCAGCUCCAGACUAUCGCCACCGAUUUCCAGAGGAUUUCCAAGAUCCACGACAAGCUUUUCAUCGGUCUCUCGGGCCUCGCCACCGACGCUCAGACGCUCUACCAGCGCCUCGUUUUCCGCCACAAAUUGUAUCAGCUGCGUGAAGAGAGGGAUAUGAAGCCCGAAACCUUCGCUAGCCUAGUCUCUGCUAUUCUCUACGAGAAAAGGUUUGGUCCAUACUUUUGCCAACCUGUAAUUGCUGGACUAGGAGAUGAAGAUAAACCUUUCAUUUGCACCAUGGAUGCGAUUGGAGCAAAGGAACUUGCAAAAGAUUUUGUUGUAGCCGGUACUGCAUCUGAGUCUCUUUAUGGGGCUUGCGAGUCAAUGUUUAAGCCUGACAUGGAACCAGAGGAAUUGUUCGAGACUAUCUCCCAAGCGCUACAAUCAUCUGUCGAUCGAGAUUGUUUAAGUGGCUGGGGUGGACAUGUUUAUGUUGUCACCCCAACCGAAGUAAAGGAGACGAUAUUGAAAGGAAGAAUGGAUUAACUUUUAAGAGUGCUUGUUUAGAGACGUACUACUUUCCGAGGUUCCCGAGCGUGAAAGGGGAACUUUAUUGGAUAGACGUUCAAUCCCAUUUCAAAUG